UCAGCGGCGGGUAGAGCAGAGUGUGGGGCUCUUUUGUUCGACAGAGGGGAGGGCUGUUGGCGGGGCCUGUGAUACGCCGAUUCGACGAGGGGCUCCAUCGCAGACGUCCGGCUUGUUGCUUUCCGGGGCGCCACUCCCCCGCUGGUCCGACUCCACGCGCCAGUAGCGCGGCACCGAUCCUGUCUGGGCUCUUGGGCGCUGCUUUGAGCAGCGUCACCCUUUAUACCAGAAAGCUGGCGGGCACUAUGGGGAAAAAACAGAACAAGAAGAAAGUGGAAGAGGUGCUAGAAGAGGAGGAAGAAGAAUAUGUGGUGGAAAAAGUUCUUGACCGUCGAGUGGUAAAAGGAAAAGUGGAAUAUCUGCUGAAGUGGAAAGGAUUCUCAGAUGAGGACAACACGUGGGAGCCAGAAGAAAACCUGGAUUGCCCCGACCUCAUUGCUGAGUUUCUGCAGUCACAGAAAACAGCACACGAGACAGAUAAAUCAGAGGGAGGCAAGCGCAAAGCUGACUCUGAUUCUGAAGAUAAAGGAGAGGAGAGCAAACCAAAGAAGAAGAAAGAAGAGUCAGAAAAGCCACGAGGCUUUGCUCGGGGUUUGGAGCCAGAACGAAUUAUUGGAGCUACAGACUCUAGUGGAGAACUCAUGUUCCUAAUGAAAUGGAAGAACUCUGAUGAGGCUGACCUGGUCCCGGCCAAGGAAGCCAAUGUCAAGUGCCCACAGGUUGUUAUAUCCUUCUAUGAGGAAAGGCUGACGUGGCAUUCCUACCCCUCAGAGGAUGAUGACAAAAAAGAUGACAAGAAUUAACUUCUGAGUAUCAACCCCUGUCACAUCUGUGGGUUUCAAGUGGAGAGGGAAGAAGUUCUACUUGUCUUGACACCAGACAGGUGGCUUGAGAAGAUGUCCUUUGAAGAGCCAGUAUAAUUUUUGUGCCCUACAGCAGCCUAAGUGCUUUAAAGCCAUUCCAUGCUGUGUAGUUUGCACACCUAUCCACACCUAUCCCAGUGGAGGGGAAGGACAAGUGUUUCAGGGCAGCCCAUUCUGCACUUGGCUAAGAAAAGCAAAUGGCCUUCUAUGAAGGACAAAACUUACAGAAUGGGUAUGUGGGAGAGCAAAAAGAUACUGUAGAUCUUCAAAGAGCAUCUCCACAACCCACAGCCUUCUUCCCAAUAGUGUUAACUGCAUUUUCACAGCGUAGCAUGUAUGUAGUUUUUGGCUAUUACAGGUGUAUUAUUUGGGGGUGGGGGGUUGGGGUAGGGAGAUGGGUAGGAUCAUUUUUGUUAAAAUUUGGGGCCUGAUUAGGGAAAUGGUGAAACAAUGAUUUGGUUUUAUGUCCAGAAUAUCUGAUCUUAAAAAAAAAAAACUCAUUGACAACAUAACUGAAGACUAUGAGAGACUGUUUAAAAGCUGUGAAUGCCUGAAACUAGUAAGCCAAGGUAUUCCCUGCCUGAGCUUAAAAUGCUGUUCCUAACAAAGGACUAAGCCAGUUAUUAACUUACCAAAGCUGCCAUUUUGGGGAUGGAAAGUGAAGAGGGGAAAUCUUUUAUUGGAGUGUAUAAACAGGCAGAUCAUUCUGUCUUAGAGGUGCUAAUUCUUGAAAUUGACAUGAAGACCCUUUCUUUUCUUUUUCAAUUAUGAAGUCAGAACUUUGUUUGUCCAUCCAAGCCACUGGCUAAAGUAUUUGGGGAGGGGAAGGUGUGGUAUAAGGAGGUGGGAGAGUAGGAAAAGACAAGGGCCCAUGUUCUUAGGGUAUGCUCUUUGAACCUCUCUGUUUUUAUUUUGAACUCUGAAACCAUUGGUGGCAGGGUUCAGUCACUGACAGCACAAGUUCCACUGAAUCACUUCAAGAGGUGAAUGAUUUCAAAAGCCCUGGUCUCAGGAGAAGAUUAAACUUUAAUACUAGGGCAGUGGUUCACUUUAAAAUAACAGAAAGAAAAAAAUUUUUCUAAUCCUAAGACUACCCAAAAUGCUGUCUCUGAAUCAUGAGAUCCACCAGCUCUUGGCAUCAUCUAGAUCUGCAUCUAGAACUCCAUUGUAAAAUCUUAGGCAUGUGUUAGAUUUCUGUGAAAACUGUUUAAAUGUAAACUUCAUAUCACACUGUCAGUUUUUGUCUUAAUAAAACUAUAGAUUUAUAAUCACUGA